AUUCUUUGGUGAUUUUCCUCAGGUUGGACGUCCCCCUGCCUAAGCCACCAUACACGGUCGUCGGCCAUGAAGAGAAGCCGUUAGCAACCUGAACCUCACGUCUCUCGCACCGGGCAUCCGCCUUCUACCGCACGCCUCUUUCUACUCAAGAUUUGAGUCCAGUCCGGACAGCUGGUCUGAAACACCAUGAAGUCCGCAACCAACGCCCAUGGAAUCCAAGCAUUCACCUACAGAUCCACGCCCCUGGACAAAUCCAGAACCGAGAUCCGCCUCCUAAGGCUGCUCCACGCUCGGAACCCCUCCGCACCGCUCGCCUGUCGCAUCUUCGUGUCGGCUCUGGGUCCCUCCGGUUCACGGCACCCGUACAAGGCCUUGUCGUACGUAUGGGGUGACCCUGCCAAGACACACACCAUCUCCGUCUUGGCCGAGCCGCGCGCCGAUGAUGACAUCGACAACGCGGACGAUGAUGGUGAACCAGACCAUGCACCAGCGGUCGAGCACUCGGACGGCGAGUCUGUAGCAGCAUCGCUGCUGCUGGGCUUUACCGAAAACUUGCACGCGGCGCUGGUCGCCCUGAGGGAUGCCGACGAGGACGUGACGCUCUGGAUCGACCAGAUUUGCAUCAACCAAGAGGACAACGCCGAGAAGGAGAGCCAGGUUGGCCUAAUGGGGCGCGUCUACUCGUCCGCGUCCCAGGUCAUCGUGUGUCUCGGCCCUGAGGCGGACGGGUCCGAUGCCGUGAUGGAAGCGUGGCGGGAUAUCGGACAAGAGGCGCGUGACCUCGAGAUAGAGCGGUACUACACACGCGAGCGGGUGGCCAUGGUGUUCCAAUUGAUGUCAGGCGUGGGCCGGGGGGAGCCCGAGAACCCCGUGGCCGAGCGGAUGGGGGACCUGGUGCGGCGGGCGGCGGACCGGUUCCUGCCUUUGAUCGUAGACGAUAGCAUGUGGAAGUGGUUCUGUCGCCCGUAUUUCAGGCGGGCGUGGGUGGUGCAGGAGUUUUGCCUGUGCGCCGACACCGUUUUCGUCUGCGGCCACGUCCGGGUCGAUCCCAAGCUCGUCGGGCUCGCCGUGCACAUCAAGAGGCACUCCAUCUCCCAUUUCGGGAAGCAGCUAUACAUAGGCCGGGGCGUCUCGUCAGAGCAAAUGGAUAGGAUCCUCGGCCAGCCAACUGAGCGUCUACUCAACACCCGGGAGCGGCGGCAAAGGUUCAACAGGGGAGAACCGCACGCCGACGGAGACCAGCUGCACGCGCUGCUCAGGAGGCUGUACGUGGAGCACGAGACCGAAGCCACUCACCACCGCGACAGGAUCUAUUCACUCCUGGGCCUCGCCGUGGACGCCGACACGCUGGGGAUCGAGCCGGACUACACCGAGGGCGUCGAGGCUACGGCGCGCGUCCUGGUUGACGCCGCGCGGCGGAUGCUCACCAACCCGGGCGGCAGCGCGAGAAUCGACGUGCUCUGCUUCGCACAGUUCCCCAAGCUGGCGGAACUGGCGGACCACCUGCCCUCCUGGGUCCCAGAUUGGAGGGGUAACCUUCAACGGUCCUACUAUACGGUCCAAGAGAGGACGGAUCCGCACCUGUUUGCCGCCUGCGGCGCCCAUCAUCUCGCCGUCGAGCCCGUGGUGCCACAGCCCACCGAUCCGCGCGCAGUCGGGCUCAGGGGCGUUGUCGUCGACGCCAUCGAAGCCGUCUCUCCAAGCGAGCCACUGCGACUGACGGGGCAUUUCGACACAGCCGCAAUUCUGGGCUACCUGGCCCAGAUCAAAGCCUUCGUCGACAUCUCCGUGGCCAAGACGACGCCGACAGCCCCAGAGGAGGCCGUGCACAACAUGUAUCACCAGAGCAACAGGGAGCUCAGGGCCGAGGCCCGCUGGCGCGUUCCCAUUGCCGACCUAUACUGGAUUAGAAAUGGCAUCAUGAACCGCGCCCCUCCCGAGGUCGAGCUCUACCAUCGGCAGGCCGUUGAGGCGCUGCAGCUCGUCCUGGAGUGUACGCCGUUGCCUGACGAGGAACAGGAGCGAAGGUUUGCCGAGUUUAGGUGGAGCGAGAAGUACCGUGAUAAUGAGCUAGGCGUAGAAUACCGAGAGAGCUUGAAGUAUGCAAUCAACAAGAGACCGUUCCUGACCCGAAACGGCCAUGUAGGAAUAGCUGGUGGUGAACUUCAAGCUGGUGAUGUGGUUGUUGUCUUUUGUGGAGGUAGGAUUCCGUUUGUGUUGCGGCCGCUGAACCACGAUGGGAAAGGAGGCUCUAGCGUCGGGGUGAAAACGUUUGCUUUCAUUGGAGAGGCCUACUGUCAUGGGAUCAUGGACGGAGGCAGGCCCGGUAUUGUAUCCGGAGCCAACUCUUAA